AUGGCUUUACCUGCUAUUAUUGAUCGUAAAGCUACCAAUAUUAACCCUUUGGAUCACUUAAAAAAAGAACAUAAUUUUAAAAAUCAAGAGAAAGAAUUUCGAUUACCAAAACUGAAGAAUGAUGCUAAUCAACUGAAAGAUUUACACCAAAAUUUUCCCUAUCAACUUUCUCGAAAACGCCAGUUAAUUGAAGAGAACCAAUCGUCCAUCAGAAGGCCCGAUGGCACGGUGGGAAUUAAUUCUAACUUUCGACCACCAGUCAAGAAACCAUUUCAUUUAAAUCCGUUGACACGUUCAAUAGAGAAUGUAUACGAUCCUAAACAAGAUGAUGGGCAAUUGCGUCCUUCUCAUCAUAAAUUAAGUAAAUCGGUCGAUACUUUAAACCAAUUGGAGGAAGAAAAGCAUGCGGGAAAUGGUGGACAUAUUUAUAUUACCGAAGAUGAUUUAAUAUGGUUGCCGGAUAUUCCUGAAGUACCCGAUACAAUUCGACCGAUGUUAGAGCAAUUAUAUCAUCCACCUACUGAGGAUAAAAAGGUUCAGUACAUGCCUAUUGUUGCUCAGCCACCCAUGGACAAUAAAUCCAUCCACAAUCACGAAAAACGAGAACCAAAUAGGCCUAUUGCAUCUCUUUGUAAAGGGUGUAUCCGAUUAGAAACUCAAGAACUUCGGUUUCCAAGAGCUAUUCGUACGGGAGGGGGUUAUAUUAUAUUUAACCAGCAAUUGAGAGAUAUACUGUCCAAUUUUAAUCCUGAUGAUGAAGGUUCUAUUCCACCACGACUGAGAUUUGUUGAAUUACCUGAAAGAGAUUAUAGUAAAAUUUUACCCGGAUAUUUAUUAAAAGAUCAUGUACCUAUCACACCUGUACAUAAGAAUUCAACUAGACCUGAAUCGCCUAAGUGGACUCCACAUAAUCCACUGCCUUGGCCAGCACCAGUCUGGCCUAAAGUGAAAAAGAAACCAACUACCAAGUUUAUUGAUCAACGAAUUAGUUUAGUAGCUGAUAAAAGGAUGAAAGAGAAAAAAUUAAAAAAGGAAAAAAAUAAAGAUAAGGCUGUUGGUAAAAUUUAUUGCAUACCAUUAGUCAAGUUAGAUCCUAAACUAAAGAAAUCAUUGAGAAUUACUGAUAGCCGUGGUAAUCAUAUUAGCAAUAAUAAGUUCACGAUUGUUCAAAGUAUGGACGAUAUCAAAAACACGACAAUAGCUCAUUAUACCAAGUUAGGGAAUCAACAUACUGGCAGUUUUGGAUUACAAAGAAGCAAGCCUGCCAUUAAAAUCGAUGUAAUAACAUCCCAUGCUACGGAGGUUGGCUAUAUCCCAACUAUAGUUCCACCUAAUACAGUUCUCGAUAACCCAGAAGAUGAAUAUAUUCCAGUUCCUGUUGAAGACUUUGAUCAUUUAUCUAUCUAUAAUGAGCCCGCCAAGUUAGAAGAUAAAGCUGCUGAAGUUAAAAGGGAAAUACUGGCUUCUAGGCUUGAACAAUCUAAUCUCGAUGAUGUCAAUGAUCUAUCGCAAGAAGAUAAUUAUAACAGCGAUCAUUCAAAUAAAGAUCAUGCUUAUUCGAGAAAACCACAGAAAUCUAUAACAAUUAAUACUACUUCGUCAUCGGUACCAUAUAGUUUACCCCACGCCAAUAUCGAUGUUAUGAAAAGUGAUGAAGAGGAUAAAAAUGAGACUACAGAGAAUGUAGUUGCAGAUAUAGUUGAUUCAAAUGAAGAGAGUUACACUAUCGUUAAUCCCCAAGAAGAAGAAGAAGAAGAAAUGUUAACAAUGGAAGAAGAUGAUGGGCAUGAUGAUGAGGUUAUAGAAGGCCAGAAAGGCCAUAAAAUGAUGAAAAUUCGCAAGUUAAAGCAAAAAGGAUUGGCAUUACAUGAGGAUAGAUCUAAUGCUCAUAUUACCAAUGUUCCGGCUUCAAAUCAACAUCCUGAAUCCAACAUGAAAUCAUCACUGUUGUUGGCAGAGAAAGAGGAAAAUUCCGCUAGUAUUGUAGUUGCACAACCGGCUGAAGAUGCUCUAACUGCAACACCUACCAGUGAAUUAUGGUAUCCUGACGAAGCUCGAGCACCAAGUGCAACGAAUCUUGCUGGUCAGAUCUAUCGCUUAGAUGAUGGUAGUGUAACUCCUAAUAGUGCACUGUCUAUAGCAACUAAUAGUAGAAUGCAGCAGGUCUAUUCCUCUACCGAUGCUCAUCCAAGUCAGUUAGGCGAUCAAACAAAUGAUAAUUUAGGUUUCAUGAUUGGUGGUAAACAUAUUACAACUCAACAAGCAAGAGAAGAUAUUUCUAUCGGACAACAAGUAGAAUUAACUAAGCAAAGUCACCAUGAAGUUAUGGACGAGCUAAAACGGGUUAUUCUGCGAAAAAAUAACCCUAAUGAAUUGAAUAAACGUUCAUUAAAUCCAUUAAUGCAGGUUGGGCGAAGCCGAGCUAAAUCACAAAUCGCUGCUCCUAAAUCAGUAGCAAAGGAUGAAAUUAAGAAUAUACCUAGCGAUAAGUCUGAUGAUGACGAUAACAAUGAUGACGAAAAUAUAACGAAAUCGGUUAAAAAUCCACCUCAAGAAUCGAAAGAUGUUGAAAACAGUAAUGACGCACCAGCAGCAUCUGGAGGAUUUUUAGCUCCGCCAAGGCUCCAAAUUGGAAUUAAAACUGUUAAUCCAGUAAUUGUUGCUCAAAAAGUCGAUGGGAUUAAAAUUGCUAAACCAACCUUUAGACAACGCAGUUAUACUAUUAAUCCAAGUACUGAUUCUGCAGAACAUCGAAAAAGGAAUGAUGAUACGGAUACGCAUAGUCUGUCUUCAACUCAAACUGGUAAAAACCAGAGUAAAGACGAUGGACACGUCGAAGAAAAUUCAUUACCACUUGAUCUAACAGGAGCUAUUGGAGGGGGAGUUUACUUAACUUAUAAGCCAGUUAACAAUAAUGCUCUUCGAAGAGAUGAAUAUGUAGCCGCGCUAGAUAAACGACAAGGCGUGGAAAGAAGAAUUAUGGAGAGACAGAAAAAUCGUCGAAUUAAGAGAACAAUCAAACGAACGAAUGAGAAGGGAGAAGAAGAAAUAGUAGUAGUAGAAGAAGAAGUUGAAGUAGAAGAAGAAGAAGAAGAAGAAUUUUUUGUUGAUGAAGAUGAUCCUGUCUUGCGAGAAAAUUCACCGACUGAUGUUGAUUUAACUGAAGAAUUAUUGCACGGAGAAUAUAUAGACAAUCCUGAUCAUAACCAUGCUCAUGAAACGGAUGAUUCUAUGCUUAAAUCAGAUCAAGAUGCUCUAGUUCAUGACGAAAAUAACUUGGAAGAAAGUCAUUCAGCUAGUGAUGGUCAAUCGUUGCAUAUGGAAAAAGAUACGAAUAACCAAGGCCGCAGCAUUUCAAUCAAGAAACCCAAUAAAAUUAUCCCCAAAAAUGGCCCUUCAGAAAACCAAACUGUGAAUAGGCCAGAAGCUCCGACCAUGCAAAAUGUACCAAAGAUCGAAGCUCCUCAAACUCCUGAGCCAAUCCCUGAUGUUGAAUUGAUAGGAAAGUUGAGCACGACAAAUUCUUUAGCAAAUGAUACAACAACAGAAACGAAAGGAUUAUCAUUAGGAGUAUCUCCAAUUUCAAGGCAAAAUCCUCUAUCAAGGGGAAAGAAUAAAGUUCAAAAUAUCCGAAAACCUAACGCUGGAAGGUCUCUAAAAGAACCUCCAUUAGUCCCAUUAAUCGAUCCCUUAUCUUUCAAAGUUAGUAGUUCCGAAGUUUUAACGGAUGAAGAUACGGACGAUCUAUUAGCAGAUAGCGACGAUGAUGAAGAUAGAAAUCCAUUGGGUGAAGGCUUAUAUUCAUUUACUGCCGCCCAGCUUGACGAGACUGUUGAUAUACAAGAUACUGCUACUGCACCAGAUUAUAAGAAAGAUGAAGAUUUUGUUGGUAAUCUCUUUCCAUUCGAUGCCGAAAUAUUUUUUCGUCGUGGAGGUGAUUUAUUCGAAAGUAAAUGUAAUUCACGCAAUGAAAGUAGACAAGAAGGAGAAAUAGACGAAACAGAAACUACGAUUCCCGAUGUUGAUAUAUCAGACAUACCUAAAGUGGCUAUUGAAGCUCCUGAUAUGCCUGCUAUAGCUCCACCACCAGUGCCAACAUUCUCCGAUGAUAAGCCAAACAUUGAUAGAUCAAAAUGGUUAGGAUUCCGACGUAAAGAAAUUCAAUCACAAGCACCUGAAAAGAAACAGUUAAAAAAGAAAAAGAAGAAAGUCAUAAUUAAAGCAAGUUUUCAAAGAAAUCGACAAAAUCAUACCCCAGAUAGUGAAACAAAUCAGUUAGGUUUGGAUGAUGAUGAAGACGAUUACUACGAUAGAUUUUACAGCCCUAAGAUGAUAUCACCGAUUAACUUUGAUGCUUUGGAUUAUUUGUCCAAAUACUCGGUUCUAAGCAAAGAUAAAAUUAUUCAGUACAGCAGUGUCUACAAUAAAAUUAUUCAAGAUGAUAAGGAGGAUCAAGGAGAGAAAAUGAAAACUAUAGAAGAACCUGAAGUAGAAGAAGACGAUACUAUGGAAAAAAAUGGAAAAGUAGUUGAUAAUGAUGAAGAGAAAUCUUCUCCAGUCAUCACUAGCUCACCUCAAAAAUCACCAAAAAAAACAGUAUCGGCAAUGCCAACCAGGCUACACUUAGGCCUUACCGGUAGUGAAAUUCGUGGAAUGACACCGGCACAAUUAUUAGAUCGAUUGGAUCCUGAAGGAACCAUGGCUGCUUUAAAUCAACAGCCGCAAUUAACUAUUACAGGCCGUCAUGCUGUAACCAAAGGUAGCUUACAAGAAAGGGAAUUACUACUAGAUAAACUACGACAAGUCAUGUCGACAAAUGUAUCGCCAGCAUCAUCCAACGAUAGCGAUUUAAGCAUUGGUGAAAUUGAAGGCAUGUUAUCAGCUAUACCAAGAACAGAUUCAAAGUCUAUCCAAUUUCGUAAUAAUAUGAAAGAAGUUCGAGAUUUAUUGCACAAGACAAGAGGUGAUCUAUCGGUACUUAAUGAUGCUGACUUUAAAUCAGCGGCUAGCAUUCUCAGUUCAUCUGGCCGAGAUCAUCAUUUAUCGAAUGUAUCAUCGUCUAAUAAAGUCGAUUCGACAACUACAACGCCAUUAGCAUCGAGAGGUGCAGGUGGUAUGGCCAUGGAUGGCGAAAGUGCACAUUUAAGAUUACCAAUUAUCGAAGAGCCAGAUGAAGCUGCCAGGCCAGAUUUUUUGCAACAUCGUAGUCAGCCUAAUAGUGCAUCAGAUGGUCCGACUAAAAUUUUGCGGCAACACUCCAAUUAUAUCUCAGAAUUUGACCAGAGAGAAUCUUAUCAACCAAGAAGGAGAGCAAUGACCGAAACACGCCAUGUUUCCACAGCAGGUAGCGCUGGUGGCAGAAAAGAAAGUAAAUAUCUUACAUCACAUUCGCGAGGGAGAGGACGCGAUGGAAAGUUCCACAAAUCAUUGACAUUAAAACAACUUGGUUCAGCUCUCAAGACUGUCAAUCGAAAUUUAAUUUCAGAGAAAGAAAUCGAUUUUGUCAAACAGAUCCUUGAUCUACCUGGCCGGAAAAAGUUGAACUUUAAAUUGUUCACCUUAGUAGCAGCAUUGUCAGAGAAAGUUGUAGCUUUGGAUGGUGUUGUUAAAAAUAUGAUUAACAAGCUAACCUUUGAUGCCCUGGAUGUCAAGCUACAAAAGUGCAAAGAAUUAUUCUAUUUACUGGACGAAGAUAAUUUUAAUAGACCAUCGGGUGUUGUUACUUUGGAUAAUCUAGCUAUUGAGCUUGCUGCUGGUGGCUUAUCCCAUGAUCAAGUCAGACUGGUUCGCAAACAAUUUGAUAAAAACAACGUUGGAACCGUUGAAUUUAUAGACUACUUAACCUAUAUUCCUUUAUUUAUGGAAAUACAUAGCCAUAUUAUUAGUGAACCGCUUAAAGAAACACAAAAAACUCAAACUACUGUUCCACUAGAGAAAGUUUAA